CCCUUUUAUUCCGGCACGCAUGUGAAUUGUGUUAAUUACAUUUUGCUACAAAAAUGCAAACUUUACGUGAAUUUACGCGGAAAACAAAACGCGGUAAUAUAUUAAAAAUUGUACGAGAGCAUUAUCUGCGUGAUGACAUUGGUUGCGGCUCAGAUCUUUGUCAGUAUUGCUUUCAAAACGAGGUCUACCAAUUGACUUCGGAGCACGACAUCAAGAGCAGCAUUUUCAAAUUUCCACACUACAUUGUUUUGGAUACCAACGUGGUUCUGGAUCAAAUCGAUGUGCUCGAGGAGGAUGUGCUCCAUAAUGUAAUCGUGCUCACCACGGUACUGAACGAAGUGAAACACAAGAGCUCAUCCAUCUAUAAGCGUCUCAAUGAGAUUAUUCACGAUCGCACGCGCAAUUUUUAUGUGUUUGUCAAUGAGCAUCAUAAGGACACCUAUGCCGAUCGCGAGCCAGAUGAGAGCGCCAAUGAUCGCAAUGACCGAGCCAUACGCAUGGCUGCCAAAUGGUACGAUACCCAUCUGCAUACCUCUCAGGCAUCCAAGACCUUUCAGCGUAGCGGGCGCACAAUCACGCGUGUAGUGCUGCUCACCGACGAUGCUGGUAAUCGCGCCAAGGCCGAGGCCGAGGAUAUUUUGGUAGCUAGUGCGGCAGACUAUGUUAAGUCGCUUGAAGACUUUCCACUGCUGGUCGACAAGUUGUCCCAAAAAACAUUUGAAAAUGAGAAACAAGCGCUGCCCCAAUAUCCACCGCAUUUGAGCAUGAAGGAGCUGCUUGAAGGUUUGCGACACAAAAAGUUACUGCAAGGCUCGUUUCAGGCAUCUAGGGAGAACUAUCUCGAGGGCAAUGUCAAUGUGGAGAGCUAUGAAAAAGGCAUUUUAAUACAAGGCCGCGAGUCGCUCAAUCGCGCCGUAGAAGGGGAUAUUGUAGCCGUUGAACUGUUGCCUGAAUCCGAAUGGUCAGCGCCCAGUGAGAUUGUGUUGGAGGAGAAAAAUGUGUAUGCCGAUGAUGUGCCCAGCGAGGAGCGUGUUGAAGAGGAGAAGGAAAUGCUGCAACAAGUGCAGACCGCACCAGCUGCAGAGCGAACACCCACCGGUCGCAUUGUGGGUAUUGUCCGUCGCAAGUGGCGUCAGUAUUGUGGCAUUUUACAGCCCAGUCUGAUUGAGGACACUACACGCCAUAUUUUUGUACCCGCCGAUCGCAAGAUUCCGCGCAUACGCAUUGAAACGCGACAGGCAGCCAAGCUGCAAAACCAACGCAUAAUUGUGACCAUUGACAGCUGGCCGAGGAACUCACGCUAUCCGCAUGGACAUUUCGUGCGAUCGCUAGGCCCCCUGGGAAACAUGGCAACGGAGAAUGAGGUGAUAUUGUUAGAACACGACGUGCCGCACUGCAAGUUCUCCGAAGAAGUGCUUAGUUUUUUACCCAAAAUGCCGUGGACCAUUACAGACGAGGAUUAUGCCAAGCGGGUGGACUUACGCGAUUUAUAUAUUUGCUCUGUAGAUCCACCCGGUUGCACGGACAUUGACGAUGCACUUCAUUGCCGCGAGCUGCCGAACGGAAAUUUAGAAGUGGGCGUUCACAUUGCCGACGUUAGUCAUUUCAUAAGGCCGGGCAAUGCAUUGGACAAAGAAGCUGCCGCGCGAGGCACAACUGUUUAUUUGGUUGGUAAGCGCAUUGACAUGGUGCCGGAGCUUCUAAGCUCUAAUCUUUGUUCGCUGGUUGGUGGCGUGGAACGGUUUGCCUUCUCCUGUGUUUGGGAAGUGGAUAAUGAGGCAAAUGUUUUGACUAAACGCUUUCACAAGAGCGUCAUUAAAUCUAAGCGGGCUAUGACCUAUGAGGAGGCCCAGGCUCUUAUUGAUGACUCCACAGAGACUGGCGAAAUCGCCAAAUCGCUGCGUCAUCUUAAUCGUCUCGCCAAGAUACUCAAGAAGCGGCGUAUGGACAAUGGAGCAUUGGUGCUGGCCUCACCGGAGAUACGCUUUCAAGUGGAUAGUGAAACGCAUGAGCCGCUUGAGGUGGAGGCCAAGCAGAUGCGAGAUACCAACUCAAUGGUGGAGGAGUUCAUGUUGCUGGCCAAUAUAACCGUGGCACAGCACAUUGCGGCGGAAUUCACAGAGUGCGCUGUACUGCGCCGUCACCCGAAGCCACCUCCGACCAACUUUGAUCCGUUGGUAAAGGCUGCACGAUAUCAGGGCUUUGAGGUGGCCAUAGACACUGGUUUGGAGCUAGCGCAUUCACUGGAUAAAUGCGUUAAAGCCGAUAAUCCUUACUUCAAUACAAUGAUACGUAUCCUUACCACGCGCUGCAUGAUGCAGGCGGUGUACUUUAUCAGCGGUAGCCUGCAAAAAGAAGAGUUUUUCCAUUAUGGCCUGGCUGCUGAUAUUUACACACACUUCACCUCGCCCAUUCGCCGGUAUUCGGAUAUUAUGGUACAUCGCCUGCUGGCAGCGUCCAUUGGGGCCGACAGCACCUAUGCCCAGCUGUUGGAGCGCAAAUCCAAUGAGGAGCUGUGCAACAAUUUAAAUUAUCGCCAUAAAAUGGCGCAAUAUGCAGGUCGCGCAUCCGUUGCGCUUAACACACAUCUAUUCUUCCGCGGCAAAGAGGAGGAAGAGGAGGGCUAUGUUUUGUUUGUGCGCAAAAAUGCCUUGCAGGUGCUCAUACCCAAGUACGGACUGGAGGGAACAUUGUAUUUGAAAGGCGACAAGGAUGGCAAAGACGGUCUGGAGCGCACCAAGAGCGAAGUUAUAUUCACAUUCAAUGAGGAGGACCAUACGCAAAGAUGUGGCAAUGUAAUUUUCCAUUCCUUUGAUCCUGUUACGGUAAGGUUGAGUCUGGACUCGAGCAACGUGCAGCAUGAAAAGUUGAUAUUCAAACUGGUGAAGCCAUACAUCAAGGGUUUUAGUGUGGAAACAACACCGGAAGCGGGUACAGCAGCAACUGCACAGCCCCCGACCAAAAAAUCCAAGAAGGACAAAAAAAAGAAAUAGACGAACGAAUAUUUUUUUUUAUAAAUAUCUUUUAUUAAAUUAAACCCUAGUUUAAUGCGAAAAAAGUAAAGAAUAUUCAAUUACCUUCAUA